CAAAUAAUUUUCUUAUGAGCCUUUCAUCAAGAAACCCAAAAUCUCAUUCAUCCAUGGCGAUUAGGGCAAUUAUCCUAAUUAGUAUAUUAUGUUAUAUUUCAUAUUAUGCUAAUGCUGAAGAAACAUUAUCAUCAUCAAUAUCAAAAGAAGAACACUUGGAAAUAGAUGAGCAACUUAAGCAAUUGAACAAGUCAACAGUGAAGACCAUCCAAAGAGAUGAUGGAUCUAUUUAUGAUUGUGUUGAUUUCUAUAAGCAACCAGCAUUCGAUCAUCCUCUAUUGAAGGAUCAUAAUUAUCACCAUACGAUGAAGCCUUCUUCUCGUCCUACAAAAUUAAAUAAAAAUAUCAACGAAAAUGAAAAUAAAACAAAUAUCGAAUAUGAAAUGGUAGAAAUAAAAGGUUUAGGAUGUCCAACUGGAACAGUUCCCGUUAAAAGAACUACAAAAGAAGAUCUCAUUCGAUCUAAAUUGUUCACAAAAGCAUUUUCUUCAGGAGUAAUUACUCCUCAAACAGUUGAGAAGCAAGGUCUUCAUCACGCUGUGCUUCAAACAAAGCCUGGAGGGAAAUACAAUGGAGGUGGUGUUAUUAUGAGUUUACAUGGUUUAGCUACUACAAUAAAACCUCAUUAUAGUGUAUCUCAUAUGACAAUCAAAAAUGGACCUGAUACUAUACAAGUUGGAUGGAUGGUAAAUCCUGGUUUAUACGGUGAUAGUCACACUCACGCCUUUAUAUUUUCACAAGCUGGUGGAAGAUCUUGUUUCUACACACAUUGUCCUGGUUUCGUAAUCGUUAAUACUGAGAUACCAUUAGACCAAGUUUACAAACUACUUUCGAAACGUGGUGAAGCAGUAUAUGUUACACAAUUUUUUAUUUAUCGAGACGCAAUAAAUGGAAAUUGGUGGCUUGAAUAUGGAAAAGACGGGACUCAAAUUGGUUUCUGGCCCGGACGCAUAUUUAGUAGUCUUAACACAGGGAGUAACCAUGUGGAAUGGGGCGGAGAGGCUUACACUCCACCAGGACAAAAACCUACUCGAAUGGGCAAUGGUUUUCGUCCGAGGGGAGAUUCAAGAAAGGACGCAUUUAUGGACCAAAUUACAAUCAUUGACGAAUCUCAUAAACAAGUCAUUGCUGCAAAUACCCAAAAAUUUAUUGAUAAUGUACAUUUAUAUAAUGUUAUGGAUUGGGGACUUAAAGGCAGUUAUGGUCAUGUCUUCUCUUAUGGAGGCCCUUUUAUAUCAUCUUUUUAAUUUCUAAUAAAUAAUAAUAACAAUAAUAAUGUAUUAUUUUGUGUUCAUGUAAUAUAUAAAAGACAAUAUUAAUUUUAAUAAAGAGUUCAAAAAUAUUGUACAAUUAUUA